CUGUAUGUUAUCUGUGAUUGAGGAUCGUCAUUUUGAGGUUAGAGUUGGAACACUUCUCAUGCUUUGCUUGUGGUAUUUUCUGUUAGAACGUUUCUUCUUUCCCACAAAUUCUCGUAUAUAAUAAUUAACGAAUAUGGAUGAAGGAGACCAAACAUCGUUGAAAAGGAAAUGUGAAGAUGAAAUUGGUGGAACAAACAAAGAUAAAUUGAAACGUCGAAGAAUGAACUUGGAUAUAGAAAUCAUGAAUAUAGGUUAUGAAGGAAGCAAAGAAGAGCUGAAGAGUUUAUCUAAACGUCAAAAAAAGAAAUUACUGAGGUCGUUGAAAUCUAAGAAAGUGCAACCAAUAAAGAGGAAAGAAGAACGUCUUCGUAAAAAAAUGAAAAAAGUUUUCGCAAAGUUGAACAAUUUGAAACUGGGGCCGUCAAGAAAAACUUUGAAACGCUGUUUGAUGUCAACAAGUGCUUGUAAAGUUACAGUUGCAAUUGAUCUAUCUUUUGACGAUCUGAUGAACGAAAAGGAAAUGCAAAGUUGUCUAAAACAGAUCAAUAGAUGCUACUGUGCUAAUAGAAGGGUAGCCAAUCCUAUGCAAUUUCAUGUGACGAAUUUCAAUGGAAAGUCUGAAGAACUAAUGGAGAAACAAAACGCAGGCUUCCGGAACUGGGAUGUGAACUUCCAUUCAUCUUCACACCUACAAGUGUUUGACAAACCCAACCUCGUCUACUUGACUUCAGACUCGCCAAACAUUCUCUACGAUUUGGACGAGACAAAGACGUAUGUGAUAGGCGGCCUAGUGGACCACAACCGGCAUAAGCUGAUGUGCUACAGACGCGCCACAGAACAGAGCUUAGCGCAUGCGCGACUGCCCAUCACCGAAAUGCUUCAGAUGAGCACAAGGAAGGUGUUGGCCAUCAAUCAUGUGUUCGAGAUACUUUUGGAGGUUAGCACCGGCAAAAGCUGGAAAGAUGCAUUCUUAGCGGUCAUACCGCUGAGGAAGGGUGCUAAAGCGAAGGAGGAGGGGCAGAAGAAAGAGGAAGGAGGAGGAAGAGGAGAACAAGGAGGAGAGGAAACAGUAGGAGAGAAUCUGUAUAGUCUGUGUAAAGUAUUCAAAAAGGGAGAGAAGGAGGAGGAAGGAAGAGUAGAGGGAGAGGGGAUGAAAGUGGAAGAGGAGGAGGAGAGGAAGCCGUAAAAGAGAAUUGGUGUAGUCAGAGUGAAGUCCUAAGGGUACAACCAAACUGAAAGCGUAGCGUGGCGUGGCGUUGAGGAGCGUCGUGAACAAUAUCAUGCUAAGUAAUGAGCUAAAACACACUGGAAGCGUCUACUCGCAGAGCGGAGCGUGGCGUCAAGAUUUGGAA